GGGAGACAUUUUUGUUAAAAUUUUGAGGAGUGUCGGUCAUAAACUUUAUUGCUGAACAUUUUAAUCAAAUCGGAUAGUAAACAGAUCCACAUUCAAUAUUUAAUUCAAUUGUUCGUUUAAAAUUUUUGAGAUCUAAAAAAGUCUCAAAACGUAAUAAUGUCGGUCCCAACUAUGGAGCCUCCAGCUACUCAGCAACUGCCUCAGGAACAAGUAGUCAAUAUAACGACAUCUUCUACACCAACAUAUCCAGUUGCUCAACCAAAACAGCAAACUGAGAGAUGGUGGAAAAGGAACAAUAAAUAUAAGCCACAAUUGAAUUCAAUCGGACCAGCUUCCUUAAUUUUUAUAUCGGGCGGUAUAAACAUGGCAUGGCAACUUGGUCUUUCCGCAACAUUGAAUACAGAAUUUAUGAUAACAGAGAGGAUGGUUUCAAGUUGGUUUGAGGGCGCCGUUUUUAGUGCUAUUGGUGGUGUUUUUUUCAGCAAAUACUUUCCAAAGAAAAUUUUAAUGUGGAUGUCUUCUAUACUGGUUGUUAUUGGUGGUAUACUACAGGUGUCCGAUCCAAAUACAUAUGAUAUAAUACUGGCUUCACGUUACCUAAAUGGCAUAGCUGUGGGUUUAGUAUUCCCCAUGAUUUUUGUUCUGAUUGGCGAAGAGGUUGUCAAGCCCCUGCGUGGUUUAAACUCAAGCGUAGUAGAUACAAUGUCCUUUAGUUGUGGAAUAUUUAUACAGAUGCUAUACUCCGUUUUGUGGACCAGUGAAGCUGAGAAUGUUUUUAAAGCAAUUCAAAUGGGUGGACUUCUUAAUAUAAUCUGUGGUAUUAUAGCUUUCAUUAUGACAACUCUAUAUAUGGUGGAAUCACCAAUCUUCUAUUUGGUUCAUGGAGAUGAACAGAUGGCCCUCGAUUCGUUAAUUCGCUUGCAAAGACCUCAUGAAUUAAAUGCUGAAACUUACGAACAACUAGAGGAGCACAAACAUUACGUGGCGGAGAGUAACGAAAGAACUUUUAAGGGGAAUGCCUUCUAUGCUAUACCAGCAUUGCUAAAACUUUGUUUCUAUCGCUCCUUCGCGGCUCUUGGGUUUUCAUACUUUGUAAAUUUUACCUUUUUAUAUUCAUCACUAGUAACUACACAAUUACAAAUAUACCCAUAUAUUUUGUAUGCCCUUGCCAGGUUAUUGGGACCCAUAAUUGCAUCAUUUACACUAGAUUCUAAAGGUCGCAAACCAUCCAUGAUUAUCGGUUUCUUUGUGUGCACUAUUUUGGCUUUUACUAUUGGUGGUAUUUUCAAUAACAAGCAAAAUUAUAUUGACAUUGAUUACAUGACCAUUGUUAAAUAUUUUCUGAUCUGCUUUCAACUAUUCUCAUCAAUGUCAAUGGCAUCGUCUUCGGCUUAUUUGUGCGAAGCAUUUCCUUUGCCAGUCAAACGACACUAUAUAGCCAUUGUUUUCAUCGUUGAAAUGAUGGUUCACAUUAUAAUUAACUCUUUCAAGGGUACGUUUAUUGUGUACAAGGUUAACCAUAUUUCUGAUUAUUUCCUAACAUUGGGUGGUCUAUCGUUGGUGUUCUUAGGCGUGGCUAUAUUUGUUAUGCCAGAAACUAAAUGGUGUUCUUUGCGUGAAUGUCUACCAAAGUUUAGACAAUUGUAUAACUUUCGUAAAUAAUGUAUUGUAGUGACAAACGAAUAAUUCAAUAGCAUUAAUUGUAUUUUUUUAAAAACAUUUGGUCAAUUCACAAGGUCUCUUAUCAUGUCAUAUUGUCAUAAUAAAAUAAAUUGUAAAUAAAUUAAAAAUAACUUGCUAACAGUUUCAUGUAAAAAGGGCCGUAUUUUUUGCGUUUUUUUCCCUAAAAAGUCCCUAUAAUUUUUCUUUUAUAGAUCGGUUGGGGUUAAGACGUGCCGCAAGCCCUCUGAAGUUUUGAGAUGCACAAGGGGAAAAAAUGCAUUUUUUCCGUUUUUGUAAAAAUUUUGCAAUUAAAAAAUUACUUUUGGAAUUUAGAAUAGAAAUGUGUACGUAAUUGACGUUCUAAUGAAAUAUAAAAAACCGAAAUUGGUCAAAAAUUGUUAAAGUUAUUAAAAAAUCGCCAGGCCAUUAACGUGUCUCAGGCCACUAGAACAAGAAAUUUAGGAACAAAAUUUACAUAUUUUGAUAAAUAUUAAAAUAAAACAUAAUUUUUACUUAAAAUAUAUUCAUAUUUACUUGUACAGUGGUGGCCAGCUAUAUAAGACAAAUACUUGAAUUUUUUUUUAUCAACUGAAUUUUAAGUGCGAUAGAGCUAAAACAAAAGGUCCGAGGGGUAUGAAAUUUAUUAUUAAUGUUUCUAGUUUCUCAAAAAUGUUUGGAAAAAUCGGUACAACAUAUAUGGACAAAGAUAUGUGGAAAUACGUUGACCCACCUCAGCGAACAUCCGCUGUUAAUAACAUGAUAUGACCAAAACUAAUGGAACUAAAAAUACGUAAUUUGGUCUGAAUAUUUUAUAAUAAUAAAAAUAUUUAAAAAUAAAGUUUUUUGGUCAAAAUGUAGAAAAAUAUUAUGUGUUCGUGGUGAAUAUGUAUGAAUUGACACAGUUGAAUAAAACACACUUGUGUGUUAAAACAGUCCUCAUGCAUACAUAUUUGUGGAAAUAUUUGGAAAAAUAAUUGACAAUCACAUGGAAUUUAGCAAACAAUUUUUGUCUUAAAUACCUGGCUGCCACUGUAUAUGAGUUUUUGUCUUCGUAAGAUACCGUUAACCUAUUCGCAGGUAUGACCAAAAAAAUUAAUUUUUUUUAACGGCAGUUUCAACACUCCAUUUUCAAAUUUUUAAAAAUUUUGUUCAACAAAUUUCAGAAUUUUUUGAUCGUCUAAUUUGUAUUUAUUGAGAAUAUAAUAGGGAAUAAAAAUGUGAAAAAAUUAUGAAUAUAUCUCUUAUAGUUUUUCCGUACCUGCGAUUUAAAUUUUGAAAUUUUCGAGAAAAACCAAUUAUUUGGCAAUUUUUGGCGAAUGACCUCUAUUUCCUUACUGUUAUGAAUUUAUGAAUUUCAAGUAAAACCUAUUCAGAAGCCGAGGUAAUUAUAAAUAUACUCUGAAAGUUUUAUUAAAUUUGGAAAACGUUAAACCUUAAAUCGUGAAUUUCAAAGGUGAAAUUUUUCAAUAUUUGGAAUUUCUAAUUUAAAGAUAGCGAAAUGUUAUUUAUUUGUUUGCCGAUUUUGAUGAAACUUAAGAAGAAUAUAACAUGAAGUCUAGUAUUUAUAAUAACAGCAUAAAAAUGUAAAUUAAAACCUAUUGGCACUUGGGGUUAAAAUGACACUCAAAUCUCGAAAAAUUCAGUCAAUAUGAAAGGUGCCGACUUUAAUGUUUUUUAUAAUUAAAUAAACAGAAUCAUUCAAGUUUUUUUUUGAAAUUUAAUAAAUCAAAAGUACACUAAAGGGUUAAAAUCAAUUUUAUUCUUCAAAA